GCCAUAUACCCUUCGGGAGGUCUGCGGUAAGGGCUCUAGCCCGGCCGCCACGGCGUUAAAUACAACAACAACAACAACAACUACCGCACUAGACGAACGAACCAUAGCAUUGAUCUUGCCCGCGAAAUGGAGCAAGCGGUGAGGGACUUCAGGACUCUUGGUCGGUCAAAGACAACGCCGUCAGGUCUUGACAACAAAUGGGUUUUCGGUGUCCGACACGUCGACCUCAAUCCGCCUGGAGAUCUGGUAAUCGCCGUACAUCCAGAAAGCCGAUUCCUGUUGCGAGGCGGCCCAGCUCAGAUCCUCUCGCAGCCUACCGAGCGUGAUAGAGCCAGGGCGACUGUAACUCCCCUUCUUCAAGCCUUCUUCAAAGGCAGUCCAAGCGCUGAACAUGCCGCAUUUGCUCCCUGGAGCUGGUCGACGGACAGCCCCGAGCUCGCUGCCGCUAUUGGGCCAGAGCUGGCCGCUGCAGGAAUUCCGGGUGGUCUUGAGAAGGUGACCGUUUGCUCUGCGGAGGAAAAAAAGAUCCUCGCAGAAACUUGGUCAGAGAUCAAGGACCUCCUGAUGAACUUCACGGGUGGUGGCAGGGCUGGACCGGCGACCACAGCUCCUUCCGCUGUGUCACUCGGGGAUUCAUCCAAAUGCCACGGUUGCGGUCUCUCCUCCGAAAACUUCUCGUCGCCUAUGAAGAAGUGUUCCGCGUGUCAGAAGGCGUGGUAUCAUUCCCAGGACUGCCAGCGCUCGCACUGGAAGAAGCACAAGCCGACCUGUGUCGCUCACCGCCCGGUUCCAGCGCCAUCCACGACUACGUCGCCCGGUAUGGACCCCACAUACAACUAUUACAACAGUGUGGCGCGAAAGUCUUCGGAGGGACAGGCGUUGCUGCGCUCACUCAAUAUCGAUCCUAUCUCUGUUCGCCCAGGAAUGGAUUUGCCACUCCGCCGUCUCGUCAUCGCUGGCAAAGACACGCCUGAGUACUUGCGAGUUCUCUUUGGGCCGACAUUUGGCAGCGAGAAGAAGGAACUAGAGAGAAUUAGGCUCGAGGUCCUGAUUGACCCCCCUCGUGGCUCCCCAAUGUACGUGGAACAAGACUUUGAUAACGACGGAACCAAGCCCCCUACUCGUGCGCUUCGACCGGCGAGCGAGGCGGAACAGGAGACGUUGAAGGAAGUGCGAGAGAUCCAGGAGAAAGUCAGGCAGAAGGUUGGGGUUGGACGCUCGCCUGAUGCAGGAGUUAUGCAAGAAGUCCUGAUGACUUUGGGACCUGAUUGGUCAGAGAAGUUGCAGUUGUACAUGCUUGCAGUCAAUUCUAUGGACCAAGGGGUCCACCGGUGAAGAUCAAGUCGAGUGGCAGGGAAGACAAUGUCGGCGAUCCGAGGCAAUGUGGGGGCAUGAGCCAAGAAGAUCCCCAGAGAGCUUCGAGCAACUGUUAUGUGUUCAACUUGCAAUGGAAGCAAGGUGACAAUUCAGGGCCUACUUUGAAUCCAUCAGCCCGUAAGUAAACUUAAGAGCGGGACAAUAAUACCACUGGG